AUGGAUUCAAGCUAUAAAGUAAGUAUAUAUCUAGGGUCCUAUGGUAUUGCAAAGCUACUUUAAAAAGCUCAAAAAGGGUAGGAAGAUAGGAUGAUUCAUUUCAAAAUUCACCAAACGUUGGUUUGUGCUGGAUAUGAUUAGAGGAAAUUUUUAUUACACGGAAAAUCAUUCCAAAGCAAACCCUGAUAAGGUCUACAAAUUAAAGGAAAUUGGUGAUCUUGAAGAGAAUCCAAAAUCAGUAGAACGUUGUGACUGGAAAUUCCCUUUUAUCAUUUAUGCAAUUGACAGGAAAUACGUACUUCAUGCAGAAACCAGUUCGAUAAGGGAUGAUUGGUGUGCUGCAAUAAGAUGAGUUAUUAAAAAAAACCAGAUGCCUCGAAUUCAAUCUAAGAAGAAUGGAGAAAAUAAAAUAAAUGUUUCUUUAGAUUUAUCAUAUCGAGAAAUUGAAAAGGAAAAGCCUAUCGAAGGUCAUGAAAACGAGGAAGAAAUUUUGGUGGAAAAUCAAUCAAAAACGUAUCAAAUUAUAACAACAAAAAUAAAAAAUAUGCCGAAUAUGAAAACUUUUAAAAUCAUAAAUGCUAAAGAAACAAAUCCUUUAUCAAAUAAAAAACAAAAUUGAAUUGAAGGAGAAAAUAACAAAGAAGACUUACUACUACUCCCUUUAAAUUCGAACAAAACACGAUAAAAUUUAUAUUUUUAGUAAAUUGAUUAAACUCUUAAUUUUUCAAUUAAAAUUUAUAGGUGAAAAUAUUGAUUUUAUAUAUAUAGUUUAAUGAAAUGAGUGCAAUUAGAAUGCUAUUUACAUGCUGGCACGUAGAAUUGAUUAAUUUUUGAAUCAAUCCUUCGUAAAAAUAAAUUAAAACUCAAAAAUAUUGCAUUCAUUUUCUUUUUAUUUUUUAAAAAUUAAUAUAUAUUAUAUAUUAUUUAAUAUUAAUAUUUUUAAAAAAAAGUUGACCCUCUUUAAAUUGAAUAUAAUUCAUUGAUAAGUAUAAAGGAUAAGUUAGAAAAUAAAAUGGUGAUUGAUAAUAUGGUCGAUAAAGUAAAAGAAGUAAAACAAGAAGAGGACGAUGAAGCGAAGCUCACUGAUAGACAGUCUUAUCAUAUUACUCAUAAUGACAUAUUCAAUCAUCCCUCAACUAUAGAAGAUUUUCAAUCUGCCCAUAUUAAUUUCAGUCAGAAUUAUGAAGAUACUCGCCAUAGAAGGGCGUUCAUCUCUACCCAAAAAGAGCUUUAUUCUGAUUACAAGAAUGGAUCAUUUACAAACACUCAAAUUUUUGAAGACAAAAGUCAUGUAGAAGACUUGGAGUCUUCAACUCUAUCUAAAAUCUCAGUUCCAAGUAAUAUAAUCAAAGAUAAAGAUGUUGAAUUCGAUCAAAAGGCAUUGAAAUCUAAUUAUACUAAAAAUCAAAGCCAAGUCAAUACCGCUUCUUUUCAACACCACCGCAAGGUAGCGGAGAUAAUAGUAGAUCCAGUUCAACAGUUUACGCCCAAAGCAGCACCUCCAGCUUAUAGCAAUUCGGCUCCAAUUAAAGAGAAUAAAUCAAACUUAGAGCAUACAGAGUAUUUAUCCCGACUUUCAAAUAUAAAACCUGUUAGUACUGGCAGAUCUCCAAAUGCAAUUCGAAGAUUAAGAAAUACGGCAAACCGACAAAAGAUAGAAAACAUUUCUUUAGAUUUAUCAACAAAUAGUAUUAACAGCCCCAAUCGAUCUGUAUUUAACAACACCCAGCCAAAUAUUUCUCCUAAAUUAGAUGCAUCUUUUGAAAAUAUUGGAGAGGAAAAUAAUAAUUCAAGAUUAGAAAGCCAAGAUUCAGCACCAAGCUCUCCUAAAAAAUAUAAUAAAAAACUUUUAAAGGGGAAGUUUAUAUAUAAAAAAAGCUCCCAACCAUCUCCAACUUAUAAAGAUGUUUUAGUAAAAAACAGUGCUUUCCAGAAUGAAAUAGAUGAUGCCAAUAGUAGAGAAAAAAUGCUAUUAAAUAUAAACCGUCAGUCUAGCAGAAGUUCCAGUGAGUCUAGAGGCGAGUCGCCAUCUAUUUUAGAAUCCAAACUUAAUCCUCCAAUAAGAGAAGUUUCGAGAAGCAAAAAGAAGAUUAAGACGGUGCUAGUUGAGCCAAGCACGGCUAAAGUGCGAGAUUCAAUUAUUAAUGAGCUAUAUCAACCUAUAAAGCCAAUAACUCAAGUCAAACCCAGGCUCUCUUCCAGCUUCUUCAGCAGGCAGCAGUCAUUCAAUUUUGAAACCCGAAAAAACGAACCGACAGAAGAAUCUUAUAUAUAUUAA